AUGUUUCUCCAUUCAGGCGCGAGCCUUCACGGCCACGAAUACUCAAGCCGAUCCUCCUCUACUCUGCAAGCCUCCCCGAACCUUCGGACUCCCCUCUUGCGCUCGGCCUUUGCGCCCCCAAAGCAACGAGUACGCGCUGUCGACGGCGCAACGCCCCCUGUUCUCCGACGGCGACCAGCAUCAGACUACAUCCCGCGUGAGCCAUCACCUGUUGUCCACUUUCAGGAGCCUCUGGAUGAUGAUGGGCUGCCUUCCAGCCCGUCACCCCCAGUGCACGAUGACGCUGUUUCCGACUCUGAGCUCAGCGAUGCGACUCUCUCGCUCGACAGUGCCCUAGUUGCAGAACCUACUACACGUCCUCGGCGGCGACGUCGGGCCCAGCACAUAAGCACCACUUACUGCCUUGGGUAUCCAGCUCCCAGGAUAAUCCCCAAGACCAAGGUCAUGGAAAAGGUCUUCCUGCCAAGACUGUUGCUGCAGCUUCAGAGGAUAUCAGAGGAUGGUCGGUCGCAGCCCGUCCUCGAAGUUUUCCCGGCGUCGCGGAUCGCCGGGCCUGUGGUGGCGCCACGUUUGGCAAAGCGGUUUCCAACCAUAUUCGGGAUAAAGCGUCAUCUUGGGUACGACGACCUAGUGCUGGUGAGAAGAGAUGACCAUGAUGUAGUUGGCGACGGUACCGAGAGUGAAAGCGAUGAGAGCCUGGAGAGAAGGAGGUUGCUGGCCGUAUACAGUCCAUUGAAGCACUCGGAUGAGGCCGAGAUCGUGCUCGAUGACGGAUCUGUAUGGGUUGCGAAGCCGCUGGCGAGUGGGUCUUACGACUUUGUCUACACAGAUGCAAGAGGAACCACUACAACGGCACGCUGGGCUAAGAGGCGCACUCCAGCCGUAUCCCCGACUUGUAUCUCCACCGAGACAUCUACUCUGUCAGCCGCAGGGCCCCAGAUUCGUUACACCUUUAGCAUCAUCAACCCCCUAACCCGGCGCCAUCCGGUCAUGGCAACCCUGACACCUUCCACUCUCGAUGUCCGGGACACCUUCACGCUCGUUUCUGCCUCCCAUGGCCGACAUCCGCCCAUCACGAGACCGGGCCGAUCACUUCCAAUGGCUUCAUCCUCUGCUCUUCUAGCCGGUAACACUCCGGAUUCCGCCUCCAGACCAGCCUCCCUCGGUACCGGAGACUUGGGAAGUGGAUCGGCAAUCGACGCACUUUCAACCUCGGACCUAGAACCUAGCGGCAGAAAAACGCAUCAAGUCGACGACGCUACAAAGAUGCUCAUCUCGGUAACCGCGCUCUGGGUAGCCCUCCGUUCGGGCUGGUCCCAAAACUACGCCCCAUCCAAGAGCAGCAGCAGCGUUGGCAGCAGCAGCCACGAAAUCGCCGCAUUGGCCACGGCAGCAACUCUCAGCACAGGGCGGCCGAACCGCGGCCGCAGAAACACCUGGACCACGCGCAGCCAGUCGCCUUCA